AUGACCGUCCCCUCACCAGACUAUAAGGCUACACUUGAAAGGCUAUUUCCAGACACAGCUCCCGAACAGAUCGCCCAGUUUUCAAGAGAUAAGUUGUUGGAGUUGGUGAACACAAGCGGAUCCCAAUAUUCCCAUCAGGACCCUUCAAUUGCCGCUGCUUCCCUAGACACCCGCGAGUCUACAUUAUCGGGGGAAAUGCCUGGUCUGGAAUCACUGCACACGAUGCCCGAAGAGCAACUUGAUGAGGCUCAGUCUGCUAGUGCCUCGGACUCGAUUGGUCAUAUCUCGGACGACGUGAACGCAUUAUCUUUAUCAGCUCGGCACCCAACCUCUUACCUUGGUGUCUCAUCUAUCCAGGCCGCCCUCAAGGUCAUUGCUUGGCUACAUCCAUCAGUUAACUCAUACCUAUCACAUUCCUUGUCUAAAGAGCAAGGUUCUCAACCAAUCAACUCCUUGCCCAUGUCGCAAGGUACGCCUCAGACCAACGCCCCACCCACGGAACCAGAAAUGCUAGACUCUUACUUUGCCAACUUCCAACCAUUUGCGCCACUCAUAGACGAAGAAAGUUUUCGCACGACUUACUUGAUUGGCCGACGUAAGGAUGAUCGAUGGCUUGCACUACUCAACAUGGUUCUCGCACUGGGAAAUAUGACAGCAGCAGGCACAGAUAACAAUACCCACCGUGCGUAUUUCGAGCGCUCAAUGCAACACUUAAACCUACGUUCGCUGGGGGAUCCCAGCCUCGAAGUCGUUCAGGCCCUAGGGCUCAUGGGUGGCUGGUACUGUCACUAUAUUAGUCAACCGAAUCUUGCAUACUCCCUUAUGGGUGCCUCGCUGCGGAUGGCGGUUACUUUAGGCUUCCAGCGGGAACCUUCCGACAUCCAAUCGAUGCUUGACCCCAAGAAGUCCGGAAUCCAGGAAUUCAAACGGCGCGUCUGGUGGUCACUUUGUUGUUUAGAGACCUGGGGCCACGAAACGCUCGGCCGGCCAAGUAUGGAUUACUUUGGACCGAGCAUCACAGUUAAUUUGCCUAGCCGGCUUGAUAAGGAAUCUUAUUUCGAUGUCCUCCCUCUGACGGAAAAUAUUUCAUUUGUGAAAAUUGCCUUGAAGAUGCAAGAAUCGUUAGCUGCGCUACCAACCCUAUCCCUCGCGGAUAUGUUCGAUUUGGACUCGCAGCUUGUUCGGUGGUGGCAUGACCUACCGCCGGUCCUAAAGGAUUAUGAACCCUGCCCAGAAUCACUACACGCAGUUCGUACUGUGAUGCGUUGGCGAUACUACAACCAUCGCAUGUUACUUUAUCGCCCAACUCUACUUAACUAUGCAAUGCGACGAAUUCCUUUCAUGGCCAUUCGGGUUGAGGAACGCAAUGCUAUUCAAAAAUGCCAGGAAAUCGCAGAGAUUACCAUUCGGGACAUCUCAUCGACAACCAAACUAAACCAAAUGAUUGGCUGGAAUGCUGUCUGGAUGAUAUUCCAGGCAACUAUGGUUCCGUUGAUUUGUUUGUCCGCUGGCGUCGCAGAAGACGAUUCAGCCGCAUGUAAAACGCAGGUUGAAACAGCUAUGUUGACCCUGGGCCGCAUGAAGCCUUACGGGCAUACAGCAGAACGCUCCCUUGAGGUCAUUUCCGGCAUUCUCGAUGCUAACCUUCACGGCCCCAGCACACAGCCGCUUGAUGCAAGUGGAGAUGGUCUCGACGCCCAACUUUUCCAUCCGCCGAAUGCUUUCAACACAGGCCAACAGAUUGCCCGCGAUCGGGUUUCAGAUUGGACUGCCACUUCUUUUGAAACCCUUUCGUCGCAGUACAUGUGGGAAUAUUUGAGCUGGGAUCACAGCAACCUCUGGCCUGAGGUUUUCGACCCCAAUGCUGCUGAAAAUGAAAAUGUGGUAAUGUCUUUCCUUGACUCGUCUGCGGCAAAUACGUGA